AUGGUCAACUCUUGUUGUGGCUCCGUCUGCUCUGACCAGAGCUGUGGCCAGGAGACCUGCUGCCGCCCCAGCUGCUGCCAGACCACCUGCUGCAGGACCACCUGCUGCCGCCCCACCUGCUGUGUGUCCAGCUGCUGCCGCCCCAGCUGCUGUGGCUCCAGCUGCGGUGGCUCUGGCUGCUGCCAGCCUUGCUGCCGCCCCUCCUGCUGCAUUUCUAGCUGCUGCCGUCCCUCUUGCUGUGCAUCCAGCUGUGGUGGCUCCAGCUGCUGCCAGCCUUGCUGUCGCCCCUCCUGCUGCAUUUCUAGCUGCUGCCGUCCCUCUUGCUGUGGCUCCAGCUGUGGUGGCUCCGGCUGCUGCCAGCCUUGCUGCCACCCCAGCUGCUGCCAGACCACCUGUUGCAGGACCACCUGCUGCCGCCCCAGCUGCUGUGGCUCCAGCUGCUGCAGGCCCAGCUGCUGCAUCUCUAGCUGCUGCCGCCCCUCUUGCUGUGGUUCCAGCUGCUGCCGUCCUACAUGCUGCAGGACCACUUGCUGCCAUCCCACCUGCUGUGUGUCCAGCUGUUGCCGCCCCAGCUGGUAUAAAAGCAACAGAGAGCAGAGAGAGAUCAUACUUGAGAACUUCAUUCAGCUGGAAACCUGCCUAGAACCUCCACCCUCUGACACCAUGGUCAACUCCUGCUGUGGCUCCAGCUGCUGCCAGCCUUGCUGCCGCCCCUCCUGCUGCAUCUCUAGCUGCUGCCGCCCCUCCUGCUGCCAGACCACCUGCUGCAGGACCACCUGCUGCCGCCCCUCCUGCUGUGGCUCCAGCUGCGGUGGCUCUGGCUGCUGUGGCUCCAGCUGCUGCCAGCCUUGCUGCCGCCCCUCCUGCUGCAUCUCUAGCUGCUGCCAGCCCUCCUGCUGUGGCUCCAGCGGCUGUGGCUCUAGCUGCUGCCAGCCUUGCUGCCGCCCCUCCUGCUGUGGCUCCAGCUGCUGCGGCUCCAGCUGCUGCCGCCCCUCCUGCUGCCCCUCCUGCUGCCUGCGCCCCGUCUGUGGCCGGGUCUCCUGCCACACCACGUGCUACCGCCCCACCUGUGUCAUCUCCACGUGCCCCCGCCCCAUGUGCUGUGCCUCCUCUUGCUGCUGA